ACGGUAGGUACCGUUAUGAAACGUUACGCGGUAUAAUAUCACUAUACUCACGACGGUCGACAGUUGUUAUCAUAUUUCUUGUUUUUAAAAUAUAAAUAUACAUAGAACACCAGUACGCCACAAUAUUAAUGUUUCAUUUCUGGUAUAUCAUAACCAAUAACAAUAAUUAUAUUAAAUUGUAGUGAUGUGUUCAUCGUAACCGUGGUUGGUUUAUGCGUCUUUUUAACCUAAAAGUCAUUAUAGUCUGAAUUGUCUUCUGUCAAAUGAACAAUGUACAUCGCCAACGUGGUUUGUAAAUUGUUAUAAUUCGAAGUCGCAAUUCAUAGUCUGUUCAAACUGCUGCCUAAUAUAAUUGACAUUCGCCGUCUUUAUUGGAUAUCAAAAUCGGAAAAGUUCUCGAAGUGCCAACGAAGUACGAUUACAGAAUGUGGUGUUUAAUAUUAUUAUACGACAAUCAAGAUGAUGCAGAUGAAAAGAGUCCAGAUUUAAUACCAGAUAGUUGGAUAAUUAAUAAAAUUAACUGUUGGUAUCCACUAGAUUUCAAAAUAUCCACUAUUAAAAAAUAUGCCAGAUCAAUGGAAAUCCCUGAUUAUGAUAAAUGGACAAAAUGCAAGGUUGACAUAAUUGAAGAAAAUAUAGACAAUUAUGAAUAUGGAUUGAAACUGAUGUAUAAAUUAAAUAAGAAUGCCAACCUCCAUUCAGAAAUUGAAGAAAGAGGACGUGGACUUAGAGUGAAGGUUAAAGCUAAAAGAUCAUUAGAACAACAUUACUCUUCAAAUUCUGAUGAGGAUGAUAAUAUCCUUCUCAAGGAAAAGCCAACAUCAUACCCUACAUUCCCUAAGAAACAAAAAAAUCAGUCACAAUUGUUUAAUGAGACCAACAAUUAUUGUAACAAUAUUUCUCCACAAAGAAAUGAUGAGUUUGACACAUGUUUUACAUAUAAGUCAACAGUUCAGUCUAGCAGCAGUACUCCCUCUUCUACUCCUAUACCAAAUGAACCGUCAAAAACUUUAAAUAAGUGUAAAUUACCCAAAAAAGUUGUGCAUUCCUGUACCUUUGAUUUCAAUGGAAAUAGUUUAUUGGAAGCUAUUGGUCAUCAACUGUGUAAGCUAUCAGCUGAUAUGAAUAAGGUAAAGUCCACUGUAAAUUAUGUAAAACAAGAUGUUUCAUCCUUUAUUGAAGAUAAUCAACCUGCAACUAAUCGUCAACCAAAUUUAAAUAUAAAUUCGGAAGAAAACCAUUUAUCAUGUUUUCCAUUAAAAAAUGAAAAUGAACUAUUAGCAAUGGAAUCAACAUUACAAAAUGGAGAAAUAAACUACACAAACAAAUUGGAAUGUUGUAUUUUUUUUUAUUAUGAAAUAAUUGUGUAAAUGUUAAGUACAUUUAUUUUACACAGGUAUCAACACUAGUUUUUGCCUCUGAAGGAAAAAAUAUUUCCAAAGUCACUUAUAGUAUGUUAAAAAUUAUGUUUUCUGAUGAGCUACUCAAGUAUUACAGCUGGAAAGGUCAAAAAAAUAAAAAACCAUUUUCAGAGUUUAUAAUUUGUAAAGUCAUUAUUGGUGCUGUUAGACAAAAAUUUCCCGAACAAAAAGAUAGCAGAAAUUACAUCAUCAGUAGUAUUAUGUCAUGGCUAGCACAGGCACCAACAAGGAUUGCAAA